AUGCUAGUUUUAUCCCUUUUGGAGCAUCCAAACAUGCUUCUAUGGUCCAUGAACGUUGCAAUGCUUUUGGUGGGGGCGAAUGGUGCCCCAAAUGGAUGGAUCCAAGCCCAUGCAACUUUCUAUGGAGGAGGCCAAAACCCUACCACCCUCGGAGGAGCGUGUGGCUACGAUAACACAUUCCAUGCCGGGUUCGGUGUAGAGACGGCAGCACUGAGCAGUGCUCUGUUCAAGGGUGGGGAGGCCUGUGGUGCUUGUUUUCAGCUCAAAUGUGAUUCUCUCUCUGAUCCAAAGUGGUGUUUAACGGGGAGGUUUGUAACGGUAACGGCCACAAAUUUUUGCCCUCCAAAUAAUAACGGGGGGUGGUGUGACCUUCCUCGCCAACACUUUGACAUGUCUUUGCCUGCUUUCUCUCGCAUCGCACGUGUGGGGCCUGAGGGUAUAGUUCCCAUACUCUAUCGGAGGGUGUCAUGCAAGAGAAGAGGAGGCAUACACUUCACCAUGAAAGGCCAAGGCAACUUCAACCUUGUGAUGAUAUCCAAUAUUGGAGGGAGUGGGUAUUUGAGAGGAACUUGGGUUAAGGGCUCAAGAAGUAAAGGAUGGUUACCCAUGAAUAGGAAUUGGGGGGCAAAUUGGCAAACUAAUAUAGACUUGAGAGGACAGACCAUCUCCUUCAAGCUCAUACUUUUUGAUGGCCAAACCUUGGAGUUCCUUAAUUUGGUUCCUUCCUCAUGGAAAUAUGGUGAAACCUUUGUGACCCACAACCAGUUCCCUUGAAAA